AUGCAUGACCUGGUGCAUGACUUGGCGAGAUUGACUGUGGCGGAUGAAUUAAUAGUUUUUGAUGUGGCACCACAGAGAAAUACUCAUGUCCACAAAUAUUGUCAUUAUUCAUUGCUAAGGAAAUAUGACCAGACAGUGAAGUUGGAAAAUAUGCCUUCAAAGAUGAGGGCACUUCGUUUCUCGGAUAAUGGCGAACUGGACAUCCAGAUUGGUGCAUUUUCAUUUGCGAAAUAUCUGCGUACAUUGGAUUUCAGUGAAUGCUCUGGUAUAAUGUUGCCAGCUUCAAUUGGCAUACUGAAGCAGCUGAGGUGUCUUAUUGCUCCAAGAAUGAAAAAUGAUAGUCUCCCAGAGUGUAUCACUGAGCUAUCAAAACUGCAGUACCUAAACAUUACUGGAUCUUCUAAAAUCACUGAACUACCAAGAUCAAUUGGCAACCUUGGGUGUCUCCAAUAUAUAUGUUUGUCCGGUUGUUCUGGUAUAUCAGAAUUGGAAGAGUCAUUUGGUGACUUAAAAUGUAUGGUGCAUCUGGACAUGUCAGGUUGUUCUGGGCUAACAGAACUGCCAGACUCUCUUGGUAAUCUCACAAAUUUGCAGCAUCUUGAGUUAUCUGGAUGCUCCAGGGUAAAAGCAGUACCUGAAUCAUUGUGUGGCCUAACACAACUCCAAUAUUUGAACUUAUCAUCUUGUGCUUAUCUUGAAGGGCUACCAGAAGGGGGUAGUCAGCCUGAAGGUUUAUUAGAAGAUUUGCGAAUCCUCACCAAUAAUCUCAAGUACUUGAGGUUAAGGCACUGCUACCAGCUGAGAUGCGGUGACUUUAUUGCUACCCUUACCAAUCUGGACGUAUCUUGUAAUUUAAAUCUUGCAUAUCUUCCAGAAAGUAUUGGUAACCUCAAAAGAUUGCGUACACUGGAUCUUUCUUAUUGUUCUCAGCUUAAGUCCGUACCAGAGAGUAUACGUACACUUGGGCUGAGGUCUCUAGUGCUGGAUGGUUGCUCGGAUGCACUGCAGGAUAAGGCCAGUUCACUGCCGGCAUAUUAUGCACAAACAUUACCAGUCUUCGAGGUUGGUGCUGAUCAUGUCAAUGGUUGCAGCAAUCUUCAUCUGCUCAAGGGCAUCCAUGUUAGUGAGUUAAGAAUAUGUUGUCUUGAAAAAGUAAGGUCUCUAGAAGAAGCAACUAAAGUUAUGCUGUCAGACAAAAAUUAUCUCUCGGUGUUAACAUUGGCUUGGUCGACCAAGCGUGCGGUUCAAAUUUUGGAGGACAAAGAUUUGUUGGAACAACUAGUGCCACCAACAGGUUUGAAGAGCAUGUGCCUCCAAGGUUACAGCAGUACAAGCUUUCCAAGCUGGCUUAUGUGCAUUUCUCGUCACCUCACAAACCUUGUUUUUAUUGAACUGCGUGAUCUGCCCACGUGUAGAAACCUGCCACCACUUAAGCAGUUGCCGCACCUAGAAAAGCUGUCGCUCCGGAAUUUGCCUGCCAUUAAAAGAAUGGACAGGGAAUUUUGUGGUGGCAAAGGAGCAUUCCGUAGAUUGUCAACUUUCGAAGUCAGAGAUAUGAAUGGCUUGGAGGAGUGGAACACAACAUACUCUGUUGAGGAUGGUGUGGAGGAGUUCAUGUUCCCUGUGCUAGACUGUCUAAAGAUAGACAGGUGUCCAAGGUUGAGGUUGAAACCAUGCCCACCAACAUUUCGUGAGUGCGUUAUAAAUUGGAGCAACCAAGUUAUAUUUUCACUGGAGGAGGUAGACAAAACCAGUCAUCACUGCUCUUCCUCUAGGCCAGCCAUCAAAUUGGCUUUGGCUAUAAGCUUCGUGGAGAUCAACCCCUGCCAGAGCAUAAGGCUAUUUCACCACUUCCCUGCCCUCCGAGAGUUGUGUAUCGAAGGACAUCUGACGAGCUUGCCGGAAAGCAUGCGGCACCUCACUUCCCUUGAGUCACUGACGUUGGCUUGGUGCCGAGGCAUAUCAGCACUGCCAGAAUGGCUGGGCGACCUCUCCUCUUUAAAAAGCCUUGUCAUCGAAGGAUGUAGGAGCAUCAAGUCGUUGCCUCCAUGCAUACAGCAACUCACCAAGCUUCAGAAGCUAGAGAUUAGGUGCAACCAGGAUCUGAAGAAGUGGUGUGAAUCAGAAGAGAACAAGGCGAAGCUGGCUCACAUAAACAUUAGAGUAAGUUUCACAUGA